AGAACACGUUCAUGGUGAGUCCUGAUGCUUUUCACUCAAACACUAAAAGAAAAUCUGAGGCGACAACAUGAGACGGCUGGACCGACUCUGAAGCGUCUGCAUGAUGAAUCGUCCACAGAGCUACACAGAAGGUGAAGCUGCUGCCUCUCGACAUGAGAAAGCAAACAGAAGCUGGAAGCUGGUCCUGCUGGUUCUUUCUGCUCUGCUGGCAGCUGCUCUCAUCGUUAUUUACCGUCUCGCUUUUGCUAAUUUGAUGAUCAAUCAAACCCUCCAAACCCUGAAAGAGGAGAAUGAAGCUCUGAGGAAAAAUCUCUCAGUAUAUAAAUCUGGAAGAACAAUCCUGACAUGUCCACCACCUCCAACAUGUCCACCGCCUCCAACAUGUCCACCGCCUCCAACAUGUCUACCGCCUCCAACAUGUCCACCACCUCCAACAUGUCCUCUUCCUUCUACGUCUCCACCACCUGGACUAAACCUCAAUGAGAAAUGUCUGAAGUGUGAAGCAGGCUGGGAGCUUCAUGGAGUAAAGUGUUAUAAUUUCACCACCACUAAAUCAUCCUGGAACAACAGCAGAGAUGGAUGUAAACUUAAAGGAGGAGACCUGGUGAAGAUAGAGAGCAGGGAGGCGCAGAAAUUCCUGGAGGCAAGACUGAGAGAGAAAAUGGAGAAAGAUCAGGACAAGUUCUGGAUCGGACUGACAGACUCAGAGGAAGAAGGAAGAUGGUUGUGGGUGGACGGAUUGUCUCUGGACACAUGUUUGAAGUUUUGGCACAGCAAUGACCCGGAUGACUGGAAAGGUGAUAAUGGGGAAAAUGCUGAUGGAGAGGACUGUGCGAGGAUGGGGGAGAGAGGAGGAGCUGCUGAUCUGAAGUGUUGGUUUGAUAAAUCCUGCAACGUCCCUCAUAAAAGUAUUUGUGAGAAAGCAGCAGAAAAUAGAUGAAUUUAAUCUGUAAGAGGUUAAAGUUUCAGCUUGUAAAACAAUCUCAGUUCAGGAUCCAGAAGCUGCAGCGAUGCUGUUUUUAUAAAGCUAAACAUUUAAUUUUCCUUCCAGACAUGUUGAAACAAACAUAAAAUACUCUCAUUUCAUUCUUUGUCUUCUUUAUUUUCUUAUUAUUACAACAGCAGGAUCUCUUGAAUAAUUAAUAUUCGUGCACAUUUAAGAAAAUGAUUUAUUAGUUUUGUGAGACGUUUCAGCAAAGUGAGAUUUAUUUCCUGCUGCAG